AUGCCCUCCGCCCCUCCCGAAGGGCCCCUUCCUCUACCGCCCGCUCGGGCCCAGACGUCCCCGCCGCGGCGGCGCAAGCUCCUUACCGGCCGGUGUGGGUGGGUGGGGAACGCGGGGUGUGUGUGUGAGCGAGUGUCGCGCCCGCAGAGGAGUCUUGGCCCGGCUCCGGUCCGGGAGGGGAAAGGGUCUGGGGAAGGGUUAAGGGGAAAGGGGGGGGAGGUGGGUGGCGGGCUACCGAGCCAGGAAAUCAGAGGCCGGCGUCAGAGAAACCGACCAAGCGCGGCCGCCGCUUCCAGUAAAGGAGAGCGAGAGAGCGAGAGACGAGCAAGAUGGCGGACAGCCAGCCCGGACGUCCUACGUCAUCUCGCAGACGCACAACGGGCAGAUCACGUGGGGACGCGUUGGGUUGAGCGUGGGGGGAUGGGAGGAGGGCGAGACGCUCUGCCACCUCUUGGGAUGUACUUGCUAUCGCAGUCGAACGGUUACCCAUUUCGGUUCCGAGGCGGCGGCCGUGUGGACUACGACGGGGAGCAUGCUGCUGCACUUCGGCGUCCUUACGGAGAUGCCCGGGGAGGGGGAAAUGCGGCCCACCUCAAGGCUUGCUCUGGCUCGCGCACCUUGCGGAAGCUCUCAGUCUUUGGGAACCGUCCCUAUGGCUGUCCUGCGGAAGAGUCUGUGUGCAUUCCAAGACUUUCUAAAUGGGGUGUGCAGAAGCUAGACUACCAAGAACUGAAGUCUGAAUUAACUGAAGUUCCUGCUUCACACAUCUUCAAAGAGAGUUCGACUAAUCAUUCUGGUUGUGGAGAACUUGUCUGGGUGGGCGAGCCAAUCGCCUUAAGAAAGGCAGAGACGAUUGCUGGCAAGUAUGGCGUCUGGAUGAGAGACCCUGAGCCCGUGUACCCCUACACCAGGGAGACCACCUGGAGAGUUGACACAGUUGGCACCGAUAUUCGUCAGGUCUUUGAGUACGACCAGAUCGUCCAGUUCACACAGGGGUAUCCUUCCAAAGUUCACAUUCUGCCGGUACCAAUGGAGAGCACUGGGGCGGUAGUUUACCGUGGAGCCCUCUAUUAUCAGAAACACACAUCUAGAACUGUGAUUAGGUAUGAACUCAAGUCUGAAAGUGUGAAGGCUCAAAGGGAUAUUCCCAAUGCUGGUUACCAUGGACAGUUCCCUUAUUCUUGGGGUGGCUAUACCGACAUUGACUUGGCGGUAGAUGAGUCAGGACUCUGGGUCAUCUAUAGCACAGAAGCAGCGAAGGGAGCCAUUGUCCUUUCCAAAGUGAAUCCGGAGACCCUGGAACUCGAGCAAAGCUGGGAGACCAACAUUCGAAAACAGUCAGUGGCCAACGCCUUCAUAAUCUGCGGCACGCUGUACACCGUCAGCAGCUAUUCAGCAGCUGAUGCCACCAUUAACCUGGCGUAUGAUACCAGUGCCGGGAGCAGCAAGGCCCUGAGCAUCCCAUUCAAGAACCAGUUUCAGUAUAGCAGCAUGGUUGAUUACAAUCCUGCUGAAAAGAAGAUCUUCUCGUGGGAUAAUUUCAAUAUGAUGCUGUAUGACAUCAGGCUUUCUCAGAUGUGAAACGCUCCAGAGCUAUCCCAGGAAUGAGAGGAAGAUGUAGUCCUCGGUACUAACUAGGAACUCAAGGACAAGGGAGAAGGCAGAGGGAAGAGCAAGCUUUCCCCCUGCCCGCGCUGGGAUUUUUUGUGCUUUCCUUGUCUGCGCAAACUCAGAAGAAUUCAUCUUUUCAUAGCACUUGGCUCUGAAAGAAUAACUUUCUUUUUUUUGGAGUGGAGAGGGAGUGGAGAACAUGAUAAAUUCUGCUCAAAACUAGCAACGCUUUUAUGAAUAAUCCCAAAUGGCUGAAGAACCAAACCUUUGGAGGGCUUCUUGAGGAAAGCAAAAGGAAGAAGAAUGUCUGGAUUGUGGGUUGGCCAAGACCACCCAUUCUACAGUUUUUGGUGGUGGAUUUUUCAUCAGCAUAGACUCUUCUUCCAUGGAUGGGAUCACACUAUUCCUCCAUACCAUCUCAUCCUGCUUGAUUCCCAUUCAUGUUUUCCUAUAAAUUUAACACUGAAGACCUGCCCAACUUGCUGCGGGUGGGAGGGAGGUGGAGGAUGUUCCACUGCUAUUUUAAUUUCUUGGGGCUUGCAGAGCUGCAAUAUAUAACACGAAGCCUAUGACUCAGUGAAGAGAAGCAUCCUAGUGCCUACGCUGGGCUUCGAUUCAGAGACGAUGUAUUCACAAGAGUUCAUUCCUACUGUCUCUGAUCAUGCCCAAUGGUGCCUUUUCAAAUAAACAUGUUGCAGAAUGUUCAUAUUUCAA